AUGCGCAAAACCUUGAGAUUAUUUGGGGCACACACCUUGGCUGUCAGGUAGUUGAGGGCAGUUAUCAGAAUGCAUUCCAACUUGACGUAUGACGUGAAAGUUGCUGCGGUAGAGUCGAAGGACUCCGAGGACUCCGAUCAUGACGAAAUAGAGAGGAGAGAGGCGAGGGACAAAUGGGCUUCCCAGAUAGAAUACCUGCUGUCUAUGAUUGGCUUCUGUGUAGCACUUGGCAACGUGUGGCGAUUUCCGUACAUCUGUCAGAGAAACGGAGGAGGGGCGUUCUUGAUUCCUUUCAUCGUGUGCCUUGUGCUGUGUGGCCUUCCACUUGUCUUUCUCGAAGUGGCACUGGGACAGUUUUCAGGGAUGGGUCCUUCACACGUCUGGAGCCUUUGUCCAUUGAUGAAAGGUAUUGGCAUUGGUAUGCUGAUCAUAUGCGUUGGGUCUGCUGUCUAUCUGAACGUAAUCUGUGGCUGGGCGAUGUACUAUGCCAUCGCCUCUUUCAACUCCGUCCUACCCUGGACAGACUGUAACAACACAUGGAACACGGACACUUGUGUUACUGACGUCGAGGCAUUACAUCAUAGAUUAUCUGGAGGGUUUAAUGUCACGACUGACCAGUUCAACAAGACCCACAGCAUCAAUGCACCUUACAGCAAUAUCACAACAUACAGUGUCGAGGACUCAAACAUUGAAUAUCGUACAGCUGCAGAAGAAUUUUGGCAAUACAAGGCGCUUGGUAUAUCGAAAGGCAUCGACGACACUGGAUCAAUCAAGUGGGAGAUGGCCUUGUGUCUUCUAGCAUCCUGGUUUCUCAUUUUCAUAUGCGUGGUGAAAGGCGUGCGAUCUGUUGGGAAGGCUGUCUAUGUAACAGCAACCUUACCCUAUGUGAUCCUGAUUGUACUGCUCAUUCGUGGCCUGACUCUACCGGGCGGAACCGAUGGAGCUAUAUUCUAUAUCACCCCAAACUUCAGUAAACUUCUGGAAAUACAGGUGUGGUUGGAGGCAUGUCUCCAGGUAUUCUACUCUCUGGGUCCAGCCUGGGGUUGUAUCAUUACCAUGUCCAGCUACACCAAGUUCCACACAAACUGUCUCAGGAAUGCGAUUCUAAGCACAUUUGUGUGCGAAGGAACAAGCAUGUUUGCUGGUCUUGUUGUCUUUACGAUCCUUGGAUAUAUGUCUCACGAAGCGAACGUACCAAUAACGGAAGUUGUUUCAUCAGGACCUGGAUUGGGCUUUGUUAUUUAUCCAGAAGCCCUGGCUCAUCUUCCGCUUCCUCAGCUGUGGAGUGUUAUCUUCUUUGUCAUGAUCAUCCUCCUUGCAAUGGAUUCUCUGUUCUCGCAAGUUGAAACCUUCAUGACGGCCAUCUUGGAUGAAUACCCCAAGCUAGUGAAAUGGAGAAUUCCAAUCAAUGCGGUCUACUGCCUGGUGUCAUUUCUCGUUGGGCUUGUGAUGACCACUGAGAGUGGAGUAUACGUGUUCCAGUUACUAGACUGGUACAUAGUAGCCAUUUUCAUCACAUUCGCGGCUUUGCUGGAGUGUAUCAUGGUAUCAUGGCUGUAUGGAAUUGACCGUUUCAGUGACGACAUUGAACUGAUGAUUGGCAGACCAGCACCCCUGUUCUUCAAGAUCACGUGGUGUUACAUUACACCAGCAAUGCUCCUGACAACGCUCGUUUUCACGUUCCUUCAAUAUGAACCCCCAAAAUAUGGACAAUAUGUGUAUCCAUAUUACACGACUGUAAUAGGGUGGAUAAUCGCUUCCAUUCCAAUGAUGCCAGUUGUAAUGAUGAUGGCUGUUGCUGUUUAUCGUGGGAAAGGAGGCCUGUUCCAGAGGGCCAAGAUGUCUCUGAAGCCGGAUGUCUCCUGGGGUCCAUCUGAACCAUCUUACCGUGCAGAGUACAUCAAGAAACACAGGAAACCUUCUACUCUCAGGAAUGCCUUCAAAUCAUCGCUAUCGUACAGGGCGUAAACCUCAGUUGGUGUUUAGUACACUAUUAAAAUUAAAAAUUAAAUUAUUAAUAAAAAUCUUCAAGAUAUACAUAUCUGUCAUUUUUCAUAUAUAUUUGUUAAAUAUUUUUCCGUCUGACCAAUAAAGAGUAUUGCAUUUUCAUUCAUAAUGGUGUAGUGAAGAAAGGUCUUUUCAUAGCGCACGAGGGGGAGAGACAGGUGGUUAGAUAUUAAAUCGUACGAAACACGAGUGUCUUAUAAAGUUUAUGUUGUACAAGGU